UUUUUUUUUCUCUUUUCAAGUGGACUACAACAUAAUGACGAAGUCAAAAUAGCGAAAAAUUUCUCUCCUUCAUCUUAAACUUCAACUCAGAAUUAUGAUGGUCCAUUGAUGGAAGACAAAAAAGCCUAUUCCAUAGCCAUUUCACUAGUGAUUCUGUUGAUCACAAUCAUCAUUAUUGCGCGGCUAACGCUAAAAUUUUCCAAGGCAUUUUACCUCAUCACAGGAGCUGAUGUCGCGUUGAUUGUUGCUGUCUUUGCUGCUGUUUUAAUCCGAAGGAAUUUCAACAGCAGGAGGCAAUUGCUAGAACAUCAAUUAGACUCAGAUGGACGUGAGUUGAGGAUUGAAUAUAGUUUCCUCAGGAAAGUUGCAGGGGUGCCAACAAGAUUCAAGCUCAAAGAGCUCGAAGAAGCAACCAAUAACUUUGGCUCGUUAAUAGGCCGAGGAUCAUCAGCUUCCGUUUUCAAGGGAGUACUAAGUGAUGGUGCAUCGGUAGCAGUAAAAAAGAUCGAAGGAGAAGAGCGUGCUGAUAAGGAAUUUAAAUCAGAAGUUGCAGCAAUUGCCAGUGUCCAGCAUGUCAACCUUGUACGCCUACUUGGAUACUGUACUGUUCCCCCAACGGGGCCUCGUUUCUUGGUUUAUGAGUAUAUCGUUAAUGGAUCGCUUAACAAUUGGAUUUUCAGGAGAAAGCGAAGUCGAGGAUGCUUGUCGUGGGAUUUGAGGUGUAGAAUUGCCCUGGAUGUGGCUAAGGCGCUUUCCUAUUUGCAUCACGAUUGUAGGUCGUGUAUUUUACAUCUCGAUGUCAAGCCUGAGAAUAUACUUCUCGAUGAGAAUCACCGUGCUAUUCUCGCGGAUUUCGGGCUGUCAAAGUUAAUGGGGAAAGACGAGAGUAGAGUUGUCACAACCAUCCGGGGUACUAGAGGGUACUUAGCCCCCGAGUGGCUCUUGGAAAAUGGGAUAUCCGAAAAAAGUGAUGUUUAUAGUUAUGGAAUGGUACUUUUGGAAUUGAUUGCUGGGAGAAGAAAUAUAACCGUGGCUGAAAUUGGCAAUUCAAGGAGCAAAUUCAGUUACCUUCCCAAGAUUGUGAGUGAGAAAUUGGCACAAGGGAAAAUCAUGGAUAUCGUGGACGAGAGGCUCAUCCAGGAGGUAUCUGCAGGAGGAGUAUUAGAGAUACAAGUGAAAAAAUUGGCGUGUGUGGCGUUGUCUUGCAUCCAAGAACGGCCUAAGCUUAGGCCAACCAUGGCACAAGUCGUGGAAAUGCUGGAAGGGCGUGUGCCAGUAGAAGCGCCUUCACAAACGACAAUGCUAUUCUUUAACCUAUUAGCAAGCGACGAGGAUCUUGAUCAUCAUCUCGGGCAGCCUAGGCCGGCUGCAGCCAUGCCAAGAUCCCGUCAGAUGGAUACCACUAACCGUUAUUCUAAUUCGUCUUGCUCUUUUGCAAUGUCGUCUGUGCUCUCAGGGAGGUAGUACCUACAUACAUCUGGGAUUUAAUCUGCUUUCCUUCUAGUUUUGCUUUUGUUUAAACCACAUCUUAUAGGUACAUUAUAUCUUUUCUACCACUCUUUUUGCUUCUUUUGUUUUUGAUUGCUUUUGGGAUCCAUCCAUAAGGAUAUAGCAUACAAUUUUUGCCAUUAACUACUAC